CUUUUUGACUAAUAAUAAUAAUAAUUUAUAUUUAAAAGAAAGAAUUGUUGGUCUCGGCGUGUGAUGUCAGAAUAAGAAACAGUCCACAAGAAAAAAAAGAAAAAAAAAGGAUCAUAGUGCUAUGAGAGAGAUAUAGAGAGAGAUAGGGAGAGAGAGAUUUCUGACACAGCGCCACCCUCCAUUGACGACCACUGAGCUUGUAGCGCCGCCUCCGCCGCCGCCGACCAGAACUAGUCCUUGUUUGUUUCCUCUGUGGUCCAGACAGAUUCCAAACCACAGUACUCUGUUAUUAGCCCUAAUCGAAUAUAUUGUCUCUUUCUUUCUCUCUCUCUCUCUCCCUUACGUCCAUCCGUUUUCAUCAUCACCAUAUUAGUAUCCAUCCAUUCAAAACCUUGAAGAUUUGUCUGUUUUUUUCCAUUUCAUUCUUGAUUUUCAUGGCUCUGUUCUUGAUGGGUUGUUGUGAUCAUGAGAUCAGAUUGAGGAUUAAAACAUCCCCAUGCAAUUAUUAAUCAAGAUUUUUGUUUGAAAAAGAGGGGAUUAGAGAAGAUGGAUCAACAGAGUAUGUUGCAGGACAUGAAUCAAUCGCGCCGACCAAAACAACCACCACAGGAGAAUCAGAAUCAGAAUCAGCCUCACCAGCCGCCACCGCCACCGCAGAAAUGUCCGCGUUGCGAUUCACUCAAUACGAAAUUCUGUUACUACAACAACUACAGUCAAACCCAGCCGCGUUACUUCUGUAAAGGUUGCCGGAGAUAUUGGACUCACGGCGGAACACUAAGGAACGUUCCCGUCGGCGGCGGUUGCCGGAAAGGGAAACGGGCACGAUCAUCUCCUCCUCACUCUGUUUCAUCAUCACCAUCGGCGGCCGCGAUUACAUCUAUGCAGCAGCAAGUUAUGCCGUCUCUGAUUACCAACUUUGAUCAAACGCAAACGCAAACGCAAAGAGGUCAUUUGGGAAUUACAUCUCCAUCUUCAUCUUCUUCACCUUAUUUUCCUACUUCUGGUGGUGGUGGGUUUUUAUCUUCUUUGGCUGCCAUGAAUAUGAGAUCAUUAUCACCUAUGAUGAUGAAUCAACAUCAAAUUGGAAUUGGAAUUGGUGGGCAAGGAUUCAACACUAAUACUAAUACUAUUCCAAGUUUGACCCAAAAUCAGCAUAAUAGUUUCAAUCAAAUGCUAGUUCAUGAAAGAGAGACAUCAAACAUGGAACCCAUGUUCAUCCAUCAUCAACAGCAGCAUCAGCAACAUCAGCAUCAACAGCAGCAGCAGCAUCAACAGCAGCAGCAGCAGCAGCAGCAGCAGGCAAACAGGGGAUUAGUUCCUCCAUGGGCGUUGAAUAACCAUCAACAUCAUCAGAAUCUUCAAAUUGGAAACCCUAGUUUCUGGAACAGUAACAUUAGAAAUACUGGCAGCAGCAAUAGUACAAGCAGUUCUAUGAUGAGUUCAUUAGGCCCAAAUCAAUGGCUUAAUCUUCCAGGCUGUGGAGGUGGCAGUGGCCCUGAUAGCUCCAGCUCCAUGAUUGAUAAGAAACCCUAGAAUUAUUAUAUGUAUAGGCAAUGGCCUUUUUUUUGGAGUUAUUUAAAUUUAUGAUCCUGUACUCUUUUCUAUGUUAUAGGGAAUUUCCUGUAAUGGGUUCAGUUGGGUUAGGUCUUAGGAGUCUCAGGGGGGUCUUUCAUUUUGAGUUUUAACGGUGGCCGGAGCCGGUGCCGGUGCCGGAGGUCUUGUUUAUGCUUUUUUACAGUUGAUAUACUACUUUUAUCAUUUUCUACUUAAUUGAUAGUGAAUCAUUACAAUUUUUUUUC